AGAUGGGAGAGAGUUGGAGAGUGGAUUUUAAUGGUAAGACAGAGAAGCAAUUCUCUCACUCACCUGUCAUCUCCUAUUACAUCACCCACCAACCCACUUCUUCCACCUCCCAAUCCAGCAAAUUAGAGUUUGCACCUGUCGGAUUUUCUCUCUCAUAUCUCUCUCUCUCUCUCCUUUAUUUAUUUAUUUAUUAUUAUUUUAAUUUUUAUCAAAUUAUAACAACCACCACCAACGGCUUAAACCGUGUGUCACUCCCACCAUUUUUCUUCAUUCUUCUUGAUUUUGUUCUACAACAAGUCCAAAAUAUGGAGGUGGGUGUGCAACAAAAAUCAAUUCGAAGGCAGUGACGAUUGAGUGAAACUCCAACAACACACAAAAUUCAUAGUCUUUUUUAGAUAUAUAUUUUUUCAUGCAGAUCAAGAAUAACACAAAACAUCGAGAUCAGGAACAAGAAGAAGAAGAAGAAGAGGAAGAAGAAACAGCAGCUUUGUUUUCUGAGCCAUGGCUUACCCACAUUACCGAUCCCAAUUUGGAGAUACAACUUUCACUAAAGUCUUUGUUGGUGGCCUUGCUUGGGAAACUCCCACUGACCUAAUGAGAACUUAUUUUGAACAAUUUGGUGACAUUCUUGAAGCUGUUAUUAUCACUGAUAAAAACACCUCCAAAUCUAAAGGAUAUGGAUUUGUGACGUUUCGCGACGCUGAAUCUGCGAGAAGGGCUUGUGCAAAUGCAAACCCGAUAAUCGAUGGAAGACGAGCAAAUUGUAACAUUGCGGCAUUGGGUCGGCCUCGGCCUUCGCCUCCACGAGGACGAGGGCAAAGUAGCGUAAAUCCAUAUCAAGGAAGUACAAUGCAGGUGCAGGCAACACCAUCCUAUGGUGGAGUCCCGUCGCCGUUAAACCAACCACCGCUUCCUCCGCCACCUCCACCACCGCCCCCCAUCGUGUAUUCACCAUACGGAUAUCCAGCAUACAGUCCUGAUUAUGGCUACCAGCAUCACCAAGCAGUGUACAACCCACAAGUUCAACAGCCACAAAUUUAUCAACAAUCCCCAUAUUUUUAUGGGUAUUCAUUACAAUCCCCAAGAGGAACAUUUCACAAUCCUUCACAAUCGCAUCAUCCUCGUCUAGUAUUACCUCCUUCUUAUGUUUACUAUCCUCCUCCUUCACCUACGGCUGCUGCUGCUGCUGCUCAGUUUGAAGCUGCCUCAAUCAAUUAUCCUCCUCUGAUACGACACCGUUUUUCCUCUACAGAUUCACAGACAUCACAACAAACUCCUACAGAAGGUGAAGCUGGAGGUGUUACUUCUGAUCAAAGUCCAACCAGUUGAGAGAAAUAAUCAAAUCAAGAAAGCCAUAUUCCCUCAAAAAAAAAAAAAAAAAAGAAAAAAAAAAACCCAACCAAAUUAUUAUUAUUGGUUCAAAAAAAAAAAGGGUGGAGAUAGAAAAUUGUAUAAAGUUGACAACUUGAUGGAUUUGACAUUGUCUUUUGAGAUCCUUCAAUUCUUUCUUUUUCACCCAUUUUUAUCUCUGCUCUCAACUCUUGCAGAGGUUGAAGCUCAAUUUUUAGAUACAAUCCAUCCUUUUUUUUAA